AUGGAAGCCAAUAAUGACAACAUUGGACUGAGCUCUUACUACAACCACCCUCAGCUUAACCUCCAAACUCCUCCUGCUCCACCACCGUCUACUGUCGCCUCCGCCACAAUUCCAUCAGCCACUAAUGGAGUUGUACCUAACAGUACAACCAACAACAGCGAUGUGUACACUCACACCGGCGUUCCUUCUACGGUAUCCUCGCCUGCAGAGAACAUGAAGAGAAAAAGGGGAAGACCCAAAAAGUACGAAACCCCCGAGCAAGCCGCGGCUGCUAGGAAGCUAUACGCUUUGGCUUCCUCCGCGGCUUCCAAAAAGAAACGGGACCAAGGCUUGGCUGCUCUUGCUUCCACCCCGUCCUCUAAUUCUUCCAAGAAACUCCAGCUGGCUGCUUGCGGCAAUAUGGACGAAGGUUUCACCCUUCACAUCAUUACCGUGACUGCUGGAGAAGACGUGGGUCAAAAAAUCAUGAUGUUUAUGCAGCAAAGCAAACGUGAAAUAUGUAUUAUUUCAGCAUCUGGUUUGGUCUCUAAUGCAUCUCUACGCCAGCCAGCAACAUCUGGAGGCAGCGUUUCAUAUGAGGGGCGAUUUGACAUUCUUUCUCUAUCUGGAUCUUACAUUCGUGCUGAACGUGGAGGAGGGAGAACUGGAGGACUUAGUGUAUGUCUGUCGAGUACUGAUGGACAAAUCAUUGGUGGAGGGAUUGGUGGACCACUUACAGCUGCAGGCCCGAUUCAGGUAAUUGUUGGUACCUUUCAAAUCGACUCCAAGAAGGAUACUAGCGGUGCUGGUAAAGGAGAUGCUGCUUCCAACAAGUUAUCUGCAAUUGGUGGCACUUCAGUGUCAGAUCUAGGCAUCUGGUCACCUGCUGAUUCUACUCAUCAAACUGUUGGUGGAAAUCCAUUUAUGAUUCAGCAUCAGGGCAUGCAAUUGACACCUUCACAUUCGAUGGAAUGGAGAAAUAGCACUGGUCAUGGCAUGCAGCAAUCUCCCGAGAAUGGUGACUAUUAG